UUCGCUCGUUCACGAUAGAUCAUUUACUCACCAUAGUCAGUCAAUAACACACGUUUUUUUAUUCUAACUCGUGGUGUGAGCAUAGCUACAGCGAGCGGAAGUUUCGUUCUGUGCUUUUUACAUUAAUAAUUGGAAUUACGUUUAAAGUUUAAAGUUUUAUGAGUUAUAUUAAGUGUCUAUACGAGUUAUAAGAAGUGUAUAUCAAGUUUUAAGUGUGCUUUAUCAAUGACCAAUAUGUAUGUAAUUACAUAUCUAACAGUUAAUACUGAUUUUAAAUAUGCGCCAAUGUCGAUGUAUAAAUAAUUUGUGAGUUAUACCCCAUGGCACAAACCACCGCGUUGCUCAGGGCAAUUUUUGGAAGUUUGUAUUUUUCCGUAAUUGUGUGUAAAACGGUUAAAAUCGGUGUUAUUUUACCCUUCAGCGGAGAUUAUCCAUGGGUUUUACCGAAAUCGAAACCGGCUAUUGAAUAUGCCUUGGAAACGGUCAGAAACAGGCCCGAAUUUCUGGAAAAUAUUGACAUCCAUGUGGAAUAUGCGGACUCGAACUGCUCAGAAACCUUGGGUCCACUGGCCGCCAUAGAUAUGAAAGAAUCGGUCCACGUGUUUAUUGGACCCGCGUGUGAUUAUGCCGUAGCCCCUAUUGCUAGAUUUUCGUACGCCUGGGAUAUCCCGAUCAUCAGCGGAGGGGCCAUGGUCGGGGCUUUCGAGAAUAAAAAGGAGUAUAAGCUACUGACUCGAGUGAUGGGUCCGUACGCACGGGCCGGGGAUUUCUUUUUCACCAUGUGUCAGAAUUUCCAGUGGAAUCGUGUAGGUCUGUGGUACCAUAACUAUCCCCCGGGAUCGACUAAGGGGAAAUCUAAUUGUUUUUUUGCUCUGGAAGCUAUAUAUAUGAAAUGGCAAACUAUGUACGGAGUUGAAGUGUGGAAUCGGGAUUUUGACGAGGACAAUGUCAGACCCGGUGAUCAUGAAAAAACUCUUCUACAGGCCAAAGAAAAUAUUAGAGUGAUAGUUCUAUGUGCCUCGCCGGACGCUGUUAGAAAUAUCAUGAUUAAAGCUCACGAGUUAAAUUUUGACAAUGGAGAAUAUGUCUUCUUUAACAUCGACCUUUUCAGCAGUAAAAAUGCCAGUGAGAGACCGUGGUACCGUGAAAACGAUACUGAAGAGCGGAAUGAUAAAGCCAGAAAAGCCUACGAUGCCCUAAUGACUGUAACAUUGAGAAAACCAAACAGCCCCGAAUACAGGAUGUUCUCUGAAGAGGUGAAGAAACGAGCUAAAACCAUGUAUAAUAAUUUUACUUAUGGAGAAGAAGAGGUGAACAGUUUUGUGGGAGCCUUCCAUGAUGCAGUAUUAUUGUACUCCCUGGCGUUGAAUGAGACUCUUGAAGCCAACAUCUCAAUAUCCAACGGAUCUCACAUUACCCAGAGGAUGUGGAAUAGAACAUUUGAAGGAAUAACUGGCACCGUCAGUAUCGACGCCAAUGGAGACCGGAAUGCUGAUUAUUCCCUGCUGGAUAUGAAUCCAGAAAACAGUAAAUUUGAGGUGGUGGCUAAUUACUAUGGCAACAAGAAGAAAUAUGAACCAGUUGUGGGUAAAGAUAUUCACUGGGCAGGUGGAUUGACUUCCCCACCCCCUGAUACCCCGACUUGUGGCUUUGACGGUUCCAAAUGUCCCCCUGAAGAACCGUUUCCAGAGUAUGGCAUCGUCAUCAUUGUUCUUGGUUCCAUAAUCCUGAUAGUUCUUAUAGCAGCAUUCUUUAUUUACAGACAUAUCAAGUUGGAAGCUGAGUUAGCGGAGAUGAAUUGGAGGGUGAGAUGGGAAGAUAUUAUCUUCGGUUCCCCGGAGAAAAAUCAUAAACUAGAACGUCAGGGCAGUAGGGUAAGUCUCAAUAGAGUGAAGUUAGACUCUAAUAAUCUAUACCUUUCUUCGUCUGUAUUUCAGGGAGCGAUUGUGGCCAUCAAGAAAAUAGAUCGUCACUCCAUCACCAUACAGAAACCAUUAUUACUAGAAAUAAAAAGGAUAAAAGAUCUACAGAAUGACCAUACAGUACGGUUUAUAGGAGCCUGUAUAGACCCUAGUAAUCUCUGUGUUUUAACAGAAUACUGCCCUAAAGGAUCCUUACAGGAUGUAUUAGAAAAUGAGCAGAUUAAAUUAGACUGGAUGUUUAGAUACUCUAUCAUGCAAGAUAUAGUUCGGGGUAUGACAUAUUUAACUGGUACAGAAAUUAAAAGUCAUGGUAAUUUAAAAAGUACUAAUUGUGUAGUUGAUAGUCGUUUUGUGGUAAAAAUUACUGAUUUUGGUUUACAUCAUCUACGAUCUCAAACAGAGGGACCGGAAGAGGACACGUUCGCUGCCUACAAUCGUAAAUUAUGGACUGCCCCAGAACUUCUGAGAAUGCAGCAUCGCCCCCCAGAGGGCACUCAUAAAGGGGAUGUGUAUAGUUUUGCUAUAAUCUGUCAAGAAAUAGUCUACAGAAUGGGAGUGUUUUAUCUGGCUAAUUUAGAUCUUAGCCCACAAGAAAUAUUUGACAAGGUAAAAAAUGGUAUGAAACCAUAUUUCAGACCUACAUUAGAAGAAUUUGACUGUCCCUGUGAUGAGCUAGCUGGGGUUAUCAGGAAAUGUUGGGCAGAAGAUCCCCUGGAACGACCUGAUUUCCCUGCUCUUAAAUCAAUUAUCAGAAAACUGAAUAAGGAUGGAGAUAAAGGAAAUAUAUUAGAUAAUCUUCUGUCUCGAAUGGAACAAUAUGCUAACAAUCUGGAGGCGCUGGUAGCAGAACGAACCUCAGAUUACCUGGAAGAAAAACGAAAAGCUGAGGAUCUACUUUAUUCCAUGUUACCUAAGGUAGUAGCUGGUCAGUUGAUACGAGGUGAAUCAGUAGCUGCUGAAUCGUUUGAGAGUGUCACUAUCUAUUUCUCUGACAUCUGUGGUUUUACAGCUCUUUCUGCUGCCAGUACACCAAUGCAGGUGAUAGACCUACUGAAUGAUCUCUAUACAACAUUUGAUUCUAUAAUUGAACAUUUUGAUGUUUAUAAGGUGGAAACAAUCGGUGAUGCCUAUAUGGUAGUGUCAGGCCUUCCAGUGAGGAAUGGUAACUUACACGCUCGUGAGGUAGCAAGAAUGUCUUUAGCACUAUUAAAUGCAGUAUUGUCUUUCAAAAUACGUCAUCGACCGAACGAACAGUUAAAAUUACGUAUUGGAAUUCAUACGGGGUAUGUGGUAGCAGGUGUGGUAGGAUUGAAAAUGCCACGAUACUGUUUAUUCGGUGAUACUGUCAAUACUUCUUCUAGAAUGGAAUCCAACGGUCUACCUUUAAGAAUUCAUGUCAGUCCACAAACAAAAGAAGUUUUAGAUAAUUUUGGUACUUUUGAUUUAGAACUGAGGGGAGAGGUGGAAAUGAAGGGUAAGGGUAAGGUGACUACAUAUUGGUUGAAUGGUGAACGA